CCCUACUUUUGACAAUGUCCCAGCUGGGUUUCCGUAGCGGGCAACGGCGCUUUGGCCGACAGUUGACGUUCCGACAGUUGAACAGCUCUUCGUCAGGUGACAGGCGGUUGGUCGACAGAUGCGCGCGAGCGGAGUAUAGGCGGGGAAAUGGACGAGACGGUAGCGGUUGCCGCCGCGGAGGAACCGCCCUUAAUCCCGCUGAGCGGCGACAGCGGCAACGUCUCACAGAGUCAUAGCAGCGCCUCCGGUAUCUGGGACGAAGACUCGGCGGAAGGAGAUGCCUUUGGGGCGGACCUUCUGCUGGCAACGGCCGCGGCUGACUACGCCGGCUACCUGCUGCCCUCUCCACCGAGCGGGAUCGCCUCAGCCGGGCAGAUUGAAACCUUAGACAAGAGUCUGGAAGAUUUACUGACCAGAGUAGAUGAGUUUGUGGGGAUGCUGGACAUGAUUCGAAGUGAUUCCUCUCAAGUAGUCAGUGAAAGCGUGCCACAUAUUCAUGCAAAGGCCAUGGAAAUGACACAACUAUAUAGAAAGAUUGACAAACUGGAGGCCUUUGUUAAAAUGGUUGGAAAUAAUGUGUCUGGGCUGGAGGAACAGAUCAUAAAGGCAGAAUCAGACCUUGGAACUUUUCCAAAUACUUUUAAAAAACUUCUACAGACAAUCAAUGUGCCAUCUUUUCUUAAUAAAUCAUCCUCAAGGCAGAAUCAAACUCUUUAUCAACCACCUGACCUUUUCAAGACAGAAGACUACUUUCCUUGUCUUGGUGAAACACAGUAUAUGUGAUUUAGUUGACAAUGACAUCUAAAAGUAGUAUUAUUUGAAAUCCAUGCUGGCCAUAGGUUGUUGCACAUCUUUGGAAAUAACCUGCCAAGCGUCCCAGUCUCCCUUAAAACGUAUUUACUUCAAUUUGUUUUUUUAGAGAAUUAUGCUACUUUUCCAGUCUUCCUAAAGGGUAACCUAUAUACAUGUGAUGGGCAGCUAACUUUUCCAGAAAGCCACUUUGAAGUGGUAGGGAAGCAAACACAGACUUAUGCCACGUGACUUUCAAGCAUGACAGUAGGACUCAUGGAAAAGAACGGGCUUCUUUAUCCCUCAGCCACCCACAUAUACCUUUUUUACCUUUUCAACAUGAACAGGUAAGGAGGGGAAGCAUGUAUACUCUUUUGCAGGUUCCUUAGUUCUUCAGCUCCCUUAUCUUUGAACCAGAAAUAGCUCAAGUGGGGAGGGAUACAGAGCCAAGGAAGAGAUUUCACCCAUCUCUCUCCCCCAGAAAAAGGCUUGAUUAGGGGAACGUACUGGCCUAUGGCUGCCAAACUAUAUUAAUACUCUCUUACUUACUCUUAUUUUGGAACUUGGAAUAAUGAAAUGUACAAAUGCCCAUCUGCAAGUUAGGGAUAAAGUGGGGGGGUGGGGAGAGGACAGAGAAAAUGUACAUUUUUGCAUCUAAUAUUCUUGAUUUGCUGCUGCUCAUUAUUAACCCACAUACCACAAGGAUGUUUUUUUAAAUUGUUCUGUGGUACUUUUAAGUGCAAUAAGGACCACAACUAUACAUUCAUGCCCUUUAAUUAAUGUGGCUGGAGUCCGUUCAACACCUUGGGUGGAAAUACACUGUUUAAACAAAGAGAAGCAAAAGCUCCUUUGUUCUUUGAACUGCUGCAGAGUAAAGGAAAACUAGACUAUGUGCUGCCUGCUCUUAACAUUUCAGGGGAACCGUAUCUGACAGUCCUUUUUGGUAAUAUUCUAAUACUUUUGUACAUAAAAGAGCAAUGACCAAAGCUCUUAUAACUUAAAAUUUAAUUAAAAGUUUAAAUAAGA